AUGGAUGCUUUAGUACACCAGGAACCUGAUGCACAGCAGUACUGUUAUCCAUCAACUAAUGGAUCCUGUUUUAAAGGCAAUCAACCCAUUGCAGCACAGGUCAUCUUGUAUAUUUUCUUUGUGACAGGAAUGGUUAUCACAAUUUUGGGGAACUUGGUCGUCAUCAUCUCCAUUGCGCACUUUAAACAGCUCCAUACACCAACAAACAUACUGGUGAUGUCUUUGGCAGUGGCAGACCUGCUACUUGGAAUGAGUGUGAUGCCCUUCAGCAUGAUCAGAUCUGUUGAAGGCUGCUGGUACUUUGGGGAUGCCUUCUGUUUACUGCACUCCAGUUUUGAUAUGUUCCUUACAUCAGUCUCUAUUUUUCAUCUGAUUUCCAUUGCCAUAGACCGCUAUCAGGCAGUGUGCAAUCCACUGCAUUAUUCCACAAGAAUAACCAUCCCCAUUGCAUGGCUCAUGAGUGCUCUGAGUUGGAUCAUCGCAGCUGCAUAUUCCUAUGGUCUUCUUUAUUCAAAGGCAAAUGUGAAGGGCCUGGAAGACUACAUUGCAUCGAUAUAUUGUUUGGGUGAUUGUGUUCUUUUAUUUAAUGCUUUAUGGGGUGCUCUGGACACUUUGAUAGCAUUUUUUUUGCCUUGUUUUGUUAUGAUGGGUUUGUAUACAAAAAUAUUUUUGGUGGCCAGGGAGCAUGCAAGAAAGAUUGAAGACAUGAAACAUAAAAUAACAGUGAAUGAGGAAAAUAGGAACAAACCGUCUCAACGUUCUGAGCAGAAAGCAGCAAAGACACUGGGGAUUGUAGUGGGUGUCUUUAUUAUUUGCUGGUUGCCUUUCUUUGUAAAUUCAUUAAUUGAUCCUUACACUAACUUUGCCACGCCUGCCAUUGUUUUUGAUGUAUUUGUUUGGCUCGGUUACUUUAAUUCCACUUUAAAUCCUAUCAUUUAUGCAUUAUUUUAUCCUUGGUUCCAAAAAACACUAAAGCUCAUUGUUACUUUUAAAAUAUUCACUCCACAUUCCUCAAAUAUCAACGUAUUUCCUGAAAGGUGA